UUGGUUAUAAUGGACUAUUCUUACUAUAGGAUGGAGAUUAUGUCACAGCUCUCCAAUACUGACAAUUAUGGUAAAUUAACGUCUGAUCCAACUGACAAAUUUAAGGGUGAAUUAAAAGCCCUUAUAGACAUGGGAAUAUCCCAAGGCUGGCUUUCUAGGGAAUUGGGGGGUUAAUUAAUACCCAAAUACCCAGUGUUGCCCGUAAUUUACACUUUGCCCAAAAUUCAUAAACACCCCAAAAGACCACCAGGGCGCCCCAUAAUUUCUUCAACAGGCUCAUUGAAUUAAAAGAUUGCACAAUAUUUAGACAUUCUGUUGCAACCCUGUAUAAGUUCUACAAGUAGUUAUCUAAAAGAUACGACUGAUUUUUUAAAUAUGGUAGAGAGUAUUGAUCUGCCUAUAGAGAAUUUAAUAAUGGUCACUAUGGACGUCCAAAGCUUGUACACAUGCAUUCCACACACAAUGGGGAUCGAAGCAGUGCGAAAAUUGAUAACACAAAAUCCCACAUACAAGGGUCCAUGCAUAGAAUACACACUUGAGCUACUUGAAUUUGUGUUUCAAAAGAAUUAUUUCAAGUUCGAGACCAACUUUUACAUCCAGCGGACGGGCAACGCAAUGGGCUCGAAAGUAGCUCCUGUGUAUGCUAACGCAUUUAUGAGUGCUUAUGAGGAUCAAUAUAUAUAUGGACAUGAGCUUUUCAAGAAAUAUGGCAGUUUUUAUAGACGCUAUAUAGAUGACCUCUUUUUUAUAUGGUCGGGCCCAAUAGACACACUGGAAGGAUAUAUUAAUAGCCUGAAUACCCUAAAUACAGCAGUCAGGUUAACGUUAAACUACAGUCUGCAACAGAUCAAUUUUUUGGAUGUUGAAAUAUACAAGUACAAAGGGAGACUACAAACUCGCAUAUAUACCAAAGCAACAGAUAGAAACACGUUGUUGCAUUAUAGCAGCCAUCACCCCAGGCACCUCGUAAAUUCUUUACCAAAGUCCCAAAUGAUAAGGGUGGUCAGAAUAGACAGUGAUCCAGAACAAUGCCUAAAGGACCUAAAAAAGAUGGGAGAUAAAUUCCUGGAAAGGGGGUACCCUAAACAAUUAAUUACGGAUACAAUUAAUACGGUCCAAGCACUUGAACGCAAGCAAUUGUUGCAGAAUAAACCACAAAAGACAAGGAGGGAUAACAACAAUGAUCUUUAUUACAUAAGUAAAUACAACCCCCAGAGUAAAGACACUAAGGAAAUCAUACUUAAAUAUUGGGAAGUUGUAGCCAGGGACGACAGUCUGAGCUCUAAAAUCCCCAAAAGGCCUAGAUUCAGUUAUGCCAGGAACACAAACCUUAAGGAGCAUCUGAGUCCAUCCGAUCCUGUAAAGAAAUACAUGCUCCCUAAAGCACAACAUUUUUUAACCCCCUGCCCAGGUGUAUACAGGUGUACGGGUUGCGUAAUAUGUAACACAUUAAUUCUGGGGAAAGAAUUUAGGCACCCAAGAACGGGCAAAAGAUAUGUCAUAAAACAGAGAUUAACGUGCACCUCAACAGGAGUUAUUUACAUUAUAAAGUGCCCAUGUGGGUUAGUCUAUUGUGGAAAAACCACUUGACAGUUAAAAGAAAGAGUAAAUAUGCACAGAGCCAGUAUUAGGGCAGCGUUGAAUACAGAAAGAAAGGUUGAGCCAGGUAAACAGGACAUAGCCCAGCAGCCAGUGGCGAAACACUGGAAGGAGGCUAGGCACGAUCCUUCAGCAUUUAAAUGUAUGCCAAUCGAUCAGAUAUUAAAACCACCAAGAGGUGGUGACAUUGACAAUAUGUUAUUGAAACGAGAAGCGUUUUGGAUACAUGAGCUAGAUUGUGUCACUCCAAAGGCAUUGAAUGGACAGCUCCAACUAAAUUGCUUUUUAACAUAAUGAUUGUGUUCUUGAAGCAUAAUACAGUUAUAUCCCUUUAUUUCACAGGAAAAUAUAUACAUAAUAGCAAUACGAUACUUGAUGUGAAUGACUCCUGCAAUCUAGGAUGAGGACCAGUUUUUACUCUUCAUUUGGAGCAAAAGAAGAAACAAUAAGAAGACACAGAGGAGCAGUCAGAGAACAGUUUGGAAGACCUUCAGUAUCAGCAGCAAAUAGGAAAUACACAGCUGGAAGGGCC